CCAUGUCACCACUUCCAGUUAAUGAUUCCCCCAGUGAACAGUGGUGACUGUCGCAGUAGGGCCUCCCCCCCUUGGGGAGAGAGGCAAGUGAGACCCUCUGGGGUCCGUUCGGUGAAAUCUCAGAGCUGUUUUCCAGUUUCUAGGGGUCACAAUUGGACCCCGGCAGGAGCAUGGUGUCCCCAGCUGGGGGCCAGGAACCUGGGUCCCAGGAAGGAAAGAAACAACAGCAGCCUUGAGCUCAGCCAGACUGGCUCACCUGAGGAGGAGGGGGCUGGGGUGGGGGGAGGGGAAGGGGCGGGAGAAAGGGCGGAGAAGAACCUGGCCAAUGGGAGUGGCUGCUGUUGGAAGCCACCUGCCCAGUCCCCGGCCCCUCGGCACAGCUCGAGAGGGCCGAUUCUGGCCAAGGGCAGCAGACAAGCUCAACCUUUCUCCUCUUCUUUCCUCUUCUUUUUCUGUCUUGGCUGGGGCUCCCCCUCUCGAUGGUGCUGCUGCUGGUGCUGGCCUCCUCAGGGCCUUUGUCCAGAGGUGGAGAUUUGUGUAAACCCGAGAUAUAUCUGCCUGCUGCUGCACCUGUUGGCUUCUACCUCUGUCUCUGCCUUUCUCUUGCCUGUGGCCCCCUGUGGCAUUAAUGCUUACAGUAACGAUGACGUUAAUCAGUAUUCCUGGCCUUGGAUAAAGCCCAGUUUGGAGGUUUGCUUCACCUUUCUGAGCCUGACUGAAGAGGGAGACGGAGACUCAAGUCCGAGCGUUUUUAUUUCAUGAACAAAACUACAACUGUACAUUUACUAGGAAAGGUGAGAAAAAUGAAACCAAGGGGAGAAAGGACUUGCCCAGGAGCAAGAACGAAGGAACUCUCUUUGAAACUGAAAGUCCAAGUAAAAGGAGUCGCUACUUUGGAGCGUGGUGAAAAUCCACUUACUACCCCAAGAGGUGGGACAACUGGAGAACAUUAGCAGGCUCAAAGAAGUUUGAGAGAAGUUAUGACAGCUGUAGGGGAUUCAAGGGAAAUUUAUAGGGAAACUGGGGGGCAUAUCAACUUCACCUCUAGAAGGAUAGAAGGAGUAGAAAAAAUAGAGGGAACUAUUGCAGUUACCCUCUAACUGGUCUCCAAUCCAUCCUCCCCCUACCCAACUGCCAAGGUGGUUUUUCUAAAGCAUAAGCCUCUCCAUGGCAACCCCACCCAGUGUCUCCCUCUGACCUCCAGGAUUAAACUGGCAUUUAAUUCAUAUCCUGGCUCCUCUAUGAACUCUACACUCCAGUAAUCCUGGUCUACUGGGGUUCCUCAAGCAGCAUACUACAUCUGUCCCCCACAUCUGGAAUUCCAUUCCCUCUCACCUCUGCCUCUUCAAGCCUCAGCUCAAAUCUCACCAACUACAGGGGGCCUUUCCUGGUCCCCAUACUUGUUCCUGCCUUCUCUCAGAGAGUCUACUCUGUAGAUAUCUUCUCUCUGCCUGGAUGGAGUCUCCCCAGGGCCUGACACAUAGUUAGUAUUCAAUAAAGGCUUGUCGGCUGACUAA